UAUUGUCUCUGGCGAUUUAUCGGACAUUGUAUUUAACGCAGAUUUAUCCGAGUGGCAAGAAAUUGUAGUAGUUCUUUGCACAUUUGCUCGUUCUGAAGAAUUUGGAGGAUUGUGCAACGCAUUAGGUCAGAGACUAGAACAAGAAUAUCGUAAGCUUACUGGCCCUUCUUCAACAGAAGAAAUGAAAUCAAGAGGAUUAGAAUACCGAAAGAAUGCUGUAUUAUGUUUUCUUGCUGCCGGUAAUUUGGAAAACGUAGCAAGUAUCUGGAUUGCUGAACAGGAAAGUGAAGAAAACCAAUAUGAAACUGUACAAAAUAAUCAAGACGGAUCGAAAUUUACAGGCUCGAAAUAUUCUCAUCACGCCAAAGCUCUUCAAGGUCUGAUUGAGAAAGUUACCAUAUUUCGCAAAGCUAUUGACUAUGUUGACCCAUCCGUGGCUCAAAGUUUAGAUUCACCUACUACUGAUCAACAAUACAAGUUAUCUGCCCUAUAUGACAAAUACACUGAUUAUGCAGAAAUUCUCGCAGCUCAAGGUCGUUUGACUACUGCUCUUAAAUAUUUGAAUUUAAUACCUGCAGAGUACAAGACAGCUGCACUCGACCAAAAUAAUUCUUUGGCUGUAAUCAGAGAACGAUUGUAUUAUUCUGGUGUAGAUGUAGGAAGCACAAAAACACCUUUGUUCCCAUUUGCGCAAGUACACGUUAGAGCAGAUGGCGAAAUAGAUCAAUCUGCUGUUAAUAAUGAUAUAACUUUUCUGCCUCAAGAUCCUAACAUCACACAAGCUGCUUACCAACAAGCCGCUGCUCAACAAACAUAUUAUAAUCAGUACGCCUAUAACCAGCAACCCAUUGUUCCAAAUGUUCCGUACCAGCCUCAACAGCCUCAACAGCAAGCCCAACAGGCUCAACAGAGAGCUUAUAACCAAUAUAUACCGCCUCCAUAUAAUCCUCCGGUACAACAUCCCACCGGUUACCCUUAUCAGCAAAACUUUACCGGGUAUAAUCAGCCAUAUCAAGAAAAUAAUAAUAAUUUAAUCCCUCAACCUCCUAUGCCUCCUAUGCCUAAUGCGCUUGCUCAAAACGAAAACGUACCGCCCGCAGAAGUUUUAGCCCCAAAGAAAAAUGCACCAAACUGGAAUGAUCCUCCGGUUGUACCUUCUCCACAGAUGAAUAAAAGAACAGCACAAGCUCAAGUAAACAAGCCAUUACCUAUUGUAUCUCCUUUUCCGGCAUCCAAUUCUCCAACGCAACAAAAGAUGCAACCCCCGCCGACGCAGAAUUUUGCUGCGACAUCCACUUCCCCAGCGCAGCAAAAAGUGCAUCCCCCACCACAGAAUUUUGCAGCACCUCCACAACCGAAUAUACCUACCGGCUUGCCACCACCACAGGCAAAUCGUGCAGCUCCUACAACAGCAGCGUAUCAACCUGUUGUUGGUGGAUAUACUCCUGGAACAAACGCAGGGUACUCAGCAUCCAAUGCUGGAUAUAACCCACCGCCAGUUACUCAACAAUUUGUACCCCCUCAAAAUCAGCCAGCACCUGUUGUUCAACCCACCAGAGUACCUACUCCAUCAAAAACUCCAACACCUUUAAACAAACACCCAUCCGGUGAUAGAACCCAUAUUCCAGCUGCACAAAAACCAAUAUUUACUAUACUCA